AUGGAAGGAGGAGAAGAAGAAGUGAGUAUUCAGGAGCUAGCUUCGAAUCUCUCUACGUACAAAGAGCAGCUCGAAACGGUUAGGCAGCUUCUAUCCGACGACCCUAGAAACUCUGAAUAUGCAGACAUGGAAAAAGAGCUUAAAGAGGUGAUUGCGUUGACAGAGGAACUUCUUGCAACUGCAAAGCAGAAUGAGAUAUCUCUAUCAGAUGCUGGAGCUAGUGCCGUAGAAACUGCUGAUAUACCUGAUGAUGAACUAGAGGCUGCUUGGGGGAAAAAGAGUUCAAGGAAUGACCCAGUUCAUGAGGGUAAGUUCCCCGUUGGAACAAAAGUUCAAGCUGUCUUUAGUGACGAUGGCGAAUGGUAUGAUGCGACCGUUGAGGCACAUACUGUAAAUGGCUAUUAUGUUUCCUAUGAUGAGUGGGGAAACAAGGAAGAGGUUGAUCCAGAUAAUGUGAGAGCGAUAGAGAACAAUGCUCUCUUGGAAGCUGAGAGACUAGCUGAAGCUACCAAGAAUGCUCUCAAAAGAAAGAUUGAGCAAUCUGCGAGUUCUGAUUAUCAGUCUCGAACUUUACCAGCAAAGCUUAAAAUUGACCCUAAUGAUCCCGAGGAUGUGAAAAUUGCAAAGCGUAAGAAGAUACAUGCUUUCAAGUCAAAGGAGAGGCAGGAGAAACUCGAGGUUGCACAGAACAAGAAACAGAAUGCGUGGCAACAGUUUCAGACGACAAAAGCCAAAACUAAAAAGGUAGGGUUCUUCACAGGGAGGAAGAAAGAGAGUAUUUUCAAAUCUCCAGAAGAUCCGUUUGGAAAAGUGGGUGUGACUGGAAGUGGUAAAGGUUUGACCGAUUUCCAAAAGCGAGAGAAGCAUCUUCAUCUCAAGUCUGGUAACGGUGAGGGCACUGAUGAAUGA